CAUGAAACAAAGUCCAAAGGCUUAUAGAUUUUUGCAACAAAUAUUCAUUUUGCCAUCAAGGAAUACUUUAAAUAAAUUAACAUCAACGCUCAAAGUGCAGCCGGGCAUCAAUGUUCAAAUUUUUGAUGCAAUUAAGGAUCAGGUAAAGAACUGGCCAGUGAACAAAAAGUACUGUUCCAUUAUAUUUGACGAGGUAAAACUGGAACCCGGCUUGGACUACCAAAAGGGGAUGGACCACAUCAAUGGAUUUGUCCACCUGAAUAAAAAGACCAGUGAUUUGGCGGACCAUGCCUUAGCCUUUAUGGUGCGAGGAGCCAUUCACAAGUGGCAACAGCCAAUAGCAUUUUAUUUUUGUGAAGGGGCGACGAAAAAUGAGGAGCUGAGAGUGAUUCUGAAAAGAGUCAUCGGCGCCGUCAUAGACACGGGCCUGGUACCCGUCGCGGUCAUCAGUGACCAGGGCCAAUCCUUCCAGUCGGCCUUAAAGGGUCUCAUGGAGGAGACACGGAGCGACCAGAUUAAGGCCGGAUGUCAGACUGACGACGUCAUAACAAUCAAAGGCCACGACAUAAGUGUCAUUUAUGACCCGCCCCACCUCAUAAAGGGAAUCCGGAAUAAUUUCCUAACAAAGGAUAUUAAAUUUGAAGGAAAGGUUUGCAAGUGGAGCGACAUCGUCGAUGUGUACCAGACCGACUGUGAGCAUGCCGAGGCUCGGCUUCUGCAUAAACUGAACGACACGCAUGUGAUUCCUGAAAAGAUUAAUAAAAUGAAGGUCAAGACUUGCACACGAGUUCUGAGCAAUACCGUGGCGUCCGCCUUAUCGUAUACGUCAAAAUUUUCUCACUACUCGGAUGGAAGAAAAGUGAGUGAGACGAUGAAGGACACUUCAAAAGUGGUGUCCUUUUUUGAUGAAUUAUUUGACUCGUGCAACGGAGCCACACUCAAUAGCAAAGAAGCAGGUGGGAAAUCGCUGAAGAAGGCAGUCACAGAGAGCUCGCAGCACCACGAUUUCUGGCGGCAAGCAAUUAAGAAAUUGGAGACCAUAAGAUUUAUUGAUGCUAUACGGGGUGAUGUAUCUGUGCCUUCAAUAAAAAAUUGGAUCGUAACUUUAAAAAGUUAUAUAAGGCUGUGGCAGCUUUUUAAAAACAAAAAUAUAAAAAUAAUGCGCCCAAGGUACUUCAAUUCCGACCCCAUUGAAAAUUUUUUGGGCAAGUACGGGCGUACAAUUAUCGCAGUAACGACCCAAGUUGCCACAGCUUUAUAAGCACGUUCAAAUCGCUGUUGAUCACCAGGUUCAUUAAAUUUCACUCGGCGGGAUUCAACUGCGAAGAGGAUUCUGGUGCUCAGUUAAUAAAUAUAAAAAAAUUGUUUGAGGCGAAAGAUCAAACACAAACAGAGACCAGUAAUCCUCUUGACAGUUCAAGUAUCGAAUGCGAUCUUGAAAGCGUGCAAGCACAAGUACGCCGUGAGCGCUUGAAUGUACACUCACGGGCAUACACUGCGGGAUGGGUAGUCAGGAAAAUUUUGCAAAAAAAUAAAUGCGAAAACUGUUUCACUGAUCUGACUGCGCCCCAAGAAGGGCCCUGUCACAGUUGGAUCAGUGAAAGGGAAUAUAAUUCCAUAAAGAAAAAAAAGCUGUCGUACCCAUCGGAGUAUGCCGUGAGGAUGUUUGGCGAUAUUGUAAAGGAGUCAAAUGAAUACCUGGAGAGGCAGCCCCAUGUAAAUAAUAUUUCAGAAAAUAUUAAAAGGCACAUCCUCUCCAAGUAUUCAUUCGAUUUCCUCAAAUGCGCAGCUCACAAGACAGUUGUGCUUGACACACUACUGACUGCCAGUGUAAAGUUGUCGAUAUUUAACUGGUGCAACAUAAUUAAUAAAAUAUUGAAAGGCACAGAUAUUUGUAGAUUAAAGGAUAAUUUGCCUCAAACGCAAAAAAAAGCAUUUAUAAAAUACAGAAAAAAGUUAAAAAAUAAACAAAAA